GGAAGCACUGAGUCUGUUGGUCACUAGCUGCCCUCCUUUUCCCAGACCUGAGUGUAUGUUCUUGUUGAUGUCUUCGCCUCUCCCUCAUUGCUGCUUUGGGAUUUUCACGGCACUCAGGGCUGGCUUUAUAAACUCUGUGCUGCUUAUCCCGUGGGGUGAGCCUACUGACAUGGUUUCUUUUUUUCCGGUUCUCUUGCCAGCCUUCUGCAUUCGACUUGUCUGGAGGAACUUUCCAGGUGCUCAGAGUGAGUGAGACAGCCAUUCUCUGUUGCAGUCAAGUGGAGCCCGGGGUGAGGUGAGGUGAGGUGAGAGACAAAAAAGUGUUGACAAUGUUGAAGGCUGUGCUGAAGAAGAGCCGAGAGGGAGGAAAAGGAAGCAAGAAGGAGACAGGAGGUGACUUUGGACCAGAGACUCCUCCAGUCCUGCCUCCUGAUCAUGCAGGUGACUCUCCUGUGAGUAAUCUUCCUGCAGCAGAGGAUACUUACCGCGUGAGCUUGGCCAAAGGUGUCUCGAUGUCUCUGCCUUCUUCACCCUUGCUGCCUCGACAGUCUCACUUGUCACAGUCAAGAUCAAACAAAAAAUCCCCAGGUCCCGUCAGGAAGCCCAAGUAUGUGGAAAGCCCCCGGGUGCCUGGAGAUGCAGUUAUAGUCCCAUUCAGAGACGUGCCCAAGCCCACAGAGCCCAGUGAGAAUGAAGCAAAGGCCGAUAAUGAAUCGAGCUGUUCUCCGGCAGCUCAAGAACUGUUGACAAGGCUGGGAUUUUUACUGGGAGAAGGGAUCCCAAGUGCCACACACAUAACCAUUGAAGACAAAAAUGAAACCAUGUGCACAGCUCUGAGCCAAGGCAUCAGUCCUUGCUCCACACUAACAAGCAGCACCGCAUCUCCUAGCACCGAUAGCCCCUGCUCAACCUUGAAUAGCUGUGUCAGCAAGACGGCAGCCAACAAAAGUCCUUGUGAGACCAUUAGCAGCCCUAGUUCCACCCUGGAAAGCAAGGACAGUGGAAUUAUAGCCACAAUUACAAGUUCAUCCGAAAACGAUGACCGGAGUGGCUCCAGUUUGGAAUGGAAUAAAGAUGGAAGCCUAAGGUUAGGGGUUCAGAAGGGAGUACUUCAUGAUCGCAGGGCAGAUAACUGCUCCCCAGUGGCAGAAGAGGAGACCACUGGGUCAGCGGAGAGCGUGCUGCCUAAGGCGGAAUCCUCAGCUGGAGAUGGUCCGGUCCCUUAUUCUCAGAGCUCCAGCUCGUUAAUAAUGCCACGGCCCAACUCAGUUGCAGCAACGAGCUCUACCAAGUUGGAAGACCUGAGUUAUUUAGAUGGGCAGAGAAAUGCUCCUCUCCGGACGUCAAUUAGACUACCAUGGCACAAUACGGCUGGAGCACGAUUUGCUCCUUACAAGCCACAAGACAUUUUGCUGAAACCUCUGCUGUUUGAAGUACCAAGCAUUACAACAGACUCUGUGUUUGUGGGAAGGGAUUGGCUCUUUCACCAAAUAGAAGAAAACUUGAGGAAUAGAGACCCAGCAGAAAAUAGAGGAGCAGUCAUUGUUGGAAAUGUGGGAUUUGGGAAGACAGCCAUCAUUUCCAAGUUGGUGGCAUUGAGCUGCCAUGGAAGCCGUAUGCGGCAGAUUGCAUCCAACAGCCCCAGUGCAUCACCUAAAAUGUCAGAUCCCACCCAGGACCUUCCUUUCACUCCAUUGCUUUCACCGAGUUCUUCCACAAGUGUUCUCAACAUGGCAAAAACACCUCCAGGGUCUAGCACUUCUGAAAACCAGAGGCUGAGAGAGGAUGCGGUGAAAUACCUUGCUUCUAAGGUGGUGGCCUAUCACUACUGCCAGGCUGACAACACAUACACAUGCCUGGUGCCUGAGUUUGUGCACAGCAUCGCGGCUUUGCUUUGCCGGUCCCAUCAGCUCACCACCUACAGAGACCUUCUAAUCAAAGAGCCCCAGCUGCAGAGCAUGCUGAGCCUCCGAUCAUGUGUGCAGGACCCUGUGGCCGCUUUCAAGAGGGGAGUGCUGGAGCCACUCACAAUCCUGAGAAACGAGCAGAAAAUUCCUGAAGAAGAAUACAUUAUUUUGAUAGAUGGUUUAAAUGAAGCUGAGUUCCAUAAACCUGAUUAUGGAGAUACGCUUUCUUCAUUUAUUUCCAAAAUUAUUUCUAAGUUUCCUGCCUGGCUGAAGCUGAUUGUGACUGUAAGAGCAAAUUUUCAGGAAAUCAUAAGUGGGCUGCCAUUCGUCAAGCUUUCCUUAGAUGACUUUCCAGACAACAAAGACAUCCAUAGUGACCUGCAUGCCUAUGUGCAGCACAGGGUUCACAGCAGCCAGGACAUCCUCAACAACAUCUCCCUGAAUGGCAAGGCUGACGCUGCCCUCAUUGGGAAAGUCAGCAACCACCUGGUGCUGCGCAGCCUUGGCUCCUACCUGUACCUCAAACUCACUCUGGACCUCUUCCAGAGAGGACACCUGGUCAUCAAAAGUGCCAGCUACAAGGUGGUGCCUGUGUCUCUGUCCGAGCUCUAUUUGCUGCAGUGCAACAUGAAGUUCUUGACCCAGUCUGCCUUUGAGAGAGCACUUCCAAUUUUAAACGUGGCCCUCGCGUCUCUCCACCCCAUGACGGAUGAGCAGAUUUUUCAGGCUAUUAAUGCUGGUCACAUCCAAGGGGAGCAGGGCUGGGAAGACUUUCAGCAGAGGAUGGAUGCCCUUUCCUGCUUCCUUAUUAAGAGGCGAGACAAAACCCGUAUGUUCUGCCACCCGUCCUUCAGGGAGUGGCUGGUCUGGAGAGCAGAUGGCGAAAGCACAGCCUUCCUGUGUGAACCCAGGAAUGGACACGCGCUUCUGGCAUUCAUGUUCUCUCGACAGGAGGGCAAACUGAACCGCCAGCAGACCAUGGAGCUCGGCCACCACAUCCUGAAGGCACACAUUUUCAAGGGCCUCAGUAAGAAGACUGGAAUCUCUUCAAGCCAUCUGCAAGCCCUGUGGAUUGGUUACAGCACUGAGGGACUGUCUGCUGCCCUUGCUUCUCUCAGGAAUCUUUACACUCCCAAUGUGAAGGUGAGCCGCCUCCUGAUUUUGGGAGGAGCCAACGUGAACUACAGGACAGAAGUGUUAAAUAAUGCCCCCAUCCUGUGCAUCCAGUCUCACCUGGGCCAUGAGGAAGUUGUCACUCUACUCUUGGAAUUCGGCGCCUGCCUGGAUGGAAUGUCAGAGAAUGGCAUGACUGCACUCUGCUAUGCAGCAGCUGCUGGCCACAUGAAGCUGGUGUGUCUGCUGACCAAAAAGGGGGCAAGGGUGGAUCACUUGGAUAAGAAAGGCCAGUGUGCACUUGUCCACAGUGCACUGCGGGGCCAUAGCAACAUUCUCCAGUACCUAUUAACCUGUGAGUGGUCAGUGGGUCCUCCCCAACCUGGCACACUGAGGAAAAGCCAAGCUCUGCAGCAGGCACUGACAGCGGCUGCCAGCAUGGGCCACAGCUCGGUGGUCCAGUGCUUGCUGGGAAUGGAAGAGGAACAUGAAAUCGAAGUCAAUGGCACCGACACAUUGUGGGGAGAAACAGCCCUGACUGCCGCUGCAGGAAGAGGAAAGUUGGAGGUAUGUGAGUUGCUGCUGGAGCGGGGCGCUGCCGUGUCACGGACCAACAGGAGAGGGGUCCUCCCUCUGUUUUGCGCAGCACGCCAGGGGCAUUGGCAGAUUGUUAGAUUGCUGUUGGAACGAGGCUGUGAUGUGAACCUGAGUGACAAGCAGGGGCGGACACCCCUCAUGGUGGCUGCCUGUGAAGGGCACUUGAGCACUGUGGAAUUCCUCCUUUCAAAAGGUGCCAGCCUCUCUUCUCUGGACAAAGAGGGCCUGUCAGCAUUGAGCUGGGCUUGUCUGAAGGGUCACAGGGCAGUGGUUCAGUAUCUGGUUGAAGAAGGAGCAGAGAUAGACCAGACAGACAAGAAUGGCCGCACUCCCCUUGACCUAGCCGCCUUCUAUGGUGAUGCAGAAACUGUGCUGUACCUGGUGGAAAAGGGAGCCGUGAUAGAACAUGUGGACCACAGUGGAAUGCGCCCCUUGGACAGAGCCAUUGGUUGUCGAAAUACCUCUGUAGUGGUGACACUACUCAGAAAAGGAGCCAAAUUAGGAAAUGCUGCUUGGGCAAUGGCCACUUCCAAACCUGAUAUUUUGAUUAUACUUUUACAGAAGUUAAUGGAGGAAGGGAAUGUCAUGUACAAAAAAGGGAAGAUGAAGGAGGCAGCCCAGCGGUACCAAUAUGCCUUAAGGAAGUUUCCUCGAGAAGGAGUUGGGGAGGACAUGAGGCCAUUCAAUGAACUAAGAGUUUCUCUGUAUCUCAAUUUGUCUCGAUGCCGAAGAAAAACAAAUGACUUUGGCAUGGCAGAAGAAUUUGCUUCGAAGGCUCUGGAAUUGAAGCCCAAGUCCUACGAAGCCUUUUAUGCCAGGGCAAGAGCGAAGAGAAAUAGCAGGCAGUUUGUGGCAGCUCUGGCUGACUUGCAGGAGGCUGUGAAACUCUGUCCCACCAAUCAGGAAAUUAAGAGGCUUCUGGCCCGUGUAGAAGAGGAGUGCAAACAACUCCAAAAGAGCCAGCAGCAAAAACAGCAGUGCUUGCUGCCAGCUCCACCCAAUGACUCUGACAACGAAGAGGACGCCCCGACCCCUGGGCUGAAUGAUCACUUCCACCUUGAGGAGGCUGAAGAGGAAGAAACUUUUCCACAGGAAGAAUCCAUUUCCCCAGCUCCCAGGUCCCAGCCACCCUCAUCUGUCCCUUCCCCAUAUAUCCGAAACCUACAAGAAGGGUUACUGUCCAAAGGCAGGCCAGGAUCGCCACAGAGCAGAGUGGGUAUGAACAAGGCCCUGAGGGAGACUGUUGCUCAACCGGGACUGGUUAUGCAGCCCACCAAACAGGCACAGAUAGUGAAGACCAACCAACAUCUGGGCUCAGGGGUGUCUGGCAUGAGAAACAGUAACACAAAAAUGCAAGUCUCUUCUCAGAAUCCUCCCCCGAGUCCCAUGCCAGGUAGAAUCCCUGCAGCUGCUGCUGGGGGCAAAAACCAGCAUUUAGAGGGAACAGGUCCCUUCAUUAUGGGAGCUAGUUGCAGCCACUUUGGGGAUCGGCUGGGCUCCAGCCAGAAUGUCCAGUUGCAGCGCAGCGAGAGUGGUAGCGCAUAUCCUUUACCAAGCAAGGUCAAAGCUGCUGAGAGGCUCCUGUCUCAUGCCUCUGUGGCUGCGGACGUAGCCCCUCCAAGCCAGGGUGGAUCAACAAGCUGUAGUGACAUGCGACAUCCAGCUUCCCUCACCAGCUCAGGCUCUUCUGGUUCUCCAUCUAGCAGCAUAAAGAUGUCAAGUUCAACCAGUAGUUUGACUUCAAGCAGUAGUUUUUCAGAUGGCUUCAAGGUCCAAGUACAAGACACUCGAAUUAAAGACAAAGUUGCAAACCAGGUGCAGAGUGGUACUGCUGAACACAGGCCGCGCAAUACCCCGUUCAUGGGCAUCAUGGACAAGACUGCAAGGUUCCAGCAGCAGAGCAAUCCUCCCAACCGCACCUGGCACUGUCAGGUGACAGAGGGACUACUCACAAACACAGCCAACUCGGAGAAGCCCUCUCUCAAACCAGGAGGAUAUCCCAGUCAAGCCAAAGCCUGUUCUGUUUCCACACUGACUGGAAGUGUACACAAUGGGGCUCAGGUGAAGGAGCCAGAAGAAAACAAGUGCCAAAUUCCAGUCCACUGUCAAGACAACAGGAUAACUAAGAGUGUCUCUCAUCUGUACCAGGAAGGCAUCACCAAACAGCCACCUCAUGUCAGUAGUGAAGCCCACAGGAGCCACCUCACUUCGGCAAAACCAAAGCGAUCAUUCAUAGAGUCAAAUGUGUGAGCCUUUAAAAGGAGAUCCAUUUCAGAAUUUAGAAAAGUCUGUUGGCUUCUAGUGGUAAAUAAUUAAAUGGUUAUUUUUCCAUCGUAAAAGUUACUUUUUAGCCAUAUUUUUUCCUUUGGGUGGAUCUGAUGCCAUUCAUAUAUUAAAAACAUAGGAUAAAAGUUCUUUUAUAAGUAGCUAGAAGUCACCGUAAAAAGUAUGCUAAACAGAAUUGAAAACUACAGUUAGCUUUAUGUAUCAAGUUAAAAA